AGCGAUAAGUGCAGAGCCCUGAGCUCCCGGAGGAAUGUAAAUGGACCAUUGCAUAGUGUCACCGUCGUCGACCAAACCUGGCAUUGAUACGUUCUAAAAUACUUGUGACACGUGAAUGCGAGCUUCGCUGCGAGUUGAAGCAUGAUGUUACCAUAUGUCUCCACACCCUUCCGAGAUCAAAGGUCGUCGUUGAUAAAAGGGCUACGCCAAGGUGAACCUCGCACGCUGUGACUGACUAUGAGCCAGAUUUUGCCCACCUAUACGCCUUCACGACCUGCCCCAUCAUACUCUGCUUCACCAUUGCCUAACGAAGCGAGGCUUGAAUCCACACCGCGUACGCCAGGCGAGCCGCCUGAACUUGGAAGCAUUGUGAGAAAAUGGAAUUCACUUACGCUCAUCUUGAAGGAUCAAGACCUAUCAGAGCGACAGCCUUCAUACGGGAAGAAUUCAAUAAUCAAUGGAGAGCUGGGGGUUUCUGGGGAAAAAAUGUUCAGCGUAUCGGUCAAGUUGGAGGGCCGUUUGACGCUUUCGAUUGCAGAUGCAGGAUCUAGUAUUAUCACGCUCAUUUCCGAGAAGUAUAUCCUGUUCAAACGGAACGAAAGCUCCUCUCCUCGUUGCCCCAAUGUAAUACCAUUUUCAAUAUCUUUCCCUGCCACAUUCGUAGACGAUAAUCGGACGCGCAAAUUACCUCCGUCCUACGAGGCACUUUUCUAUGGCAUCUCUGCGCUUUGUGUCAGAUGUGUGUACAUGUUGAACAUAACUAUCACCAAGAAACGGCCACGAUUCUCACUUUGGAAACCUACCAAGACGUAUCGGAUCCAGGUCAAUUAUCGGCCCCGUGCGCGUCCCAAUCGACCAGUUCUCCGGUGUCCGUCAAUCUUUUCAAUGCUCAAGAAUGUUCCCGAGGAAUGGUAUCAAGUUAUAACGGCCAUGCAAUUCCGACCGUCGUCUGGCCUGGAUCCGAUACAGUGUCACUUUUUGAUACCUUCUGUGCAAACUUUCGGUCUCGCGGACACUAUUCCGGUCCACAUACAGCUUAUUGGGCCAUUAAAAUCUCUCCGUCAUUUUUUGCCCCCUAGUCAACUUGUCGGCGGCUAUGCACAUUCAGAAAGUAAAAGAUGGAGUAGAUCAAGGACUGCAUGGGGAACACCAACCGUCCGUGUGUCGUUGAUCCGACAAACAUCAGUUACUAUCAGUGGGAAAACGUCGUGGCGAAAUUUCAAUCUGGGAGAUGGGAAAGUGUGGGCGAAGCCGCCGUUAGCGUCUCCAACUGGAUGCGUUCUGGAUGGUGACCCCGAUAAAGAGGUGACCGCAGACUGGGAGGGAGAAGUGCGAUGCCGAUCAGAUGUUAAAACGUCGGGCUUUAAUGUCGGAAAUGUAACAGUACAGGAUUAUAUUCUUUUCAUCUUAACGCCGCCAGAUGAGCGCGGAUGCCCCCUGCAACAACUGCGACAUACACACCCUAUCAAGCUGGUGACAGACACCUGGAUUGAAGAAGGCAUUCAUCCGCAGGACAUUUGAACCAGGGGUGUUUCGGAGUCAAAGGGGGCGGAUACGUAUGGCUGGCU